AUGGGUGGAUACUUGAUGCUAUUACAGUGUUGGAUAUAUGAGUAUUUUUGCAGUGUUCAUCAAUGCGUGACUGGUGAUGCGUACACUGAGACUACCCCACGUGCCUUGAGGUGGCUUACAACGAAGGCGCACAUAAAGGGGAUCAAGGGAGCAUCGUACAGGGCAUGUUUGGACGCUCUGACGAUCAUAGACGUUUCUUGGUUGCCCUACAGUGACCACCGGGCAAUUAGGGGCUUCGACCUGAUUUCAUGCUAUAAGGGGAAGCUUAGAUGGGGUCAUGUUGUGGUCAGCGUCCGACCAGAGCGGGUGGUCCGACAGUUCGGGUAUAUCCAGAUCAUCCCUCCAUCGCCGGUUACUGCUUCGUUGUUGUAUGACGAGAUAGACGACUGGUGGAUGCAUUUUGGGGACCAUUUAGCACCGGAAGGUGAGAUCUGUGUUGUCCCUGGGCAGGUAUCAGCGGACUACAUGGAUUGGUUUUUCCAGAUCUCUCACCCGUUCAUCACGCCGACCCAGGAAGGCGAUCAGCCGAGACAACCAGUUGCCCCAUAUGUGGAUGCAUACAUCGAGCCACAUGUGCCGGAGGUUGCAGUCGUAGAUGAUCUCCCCAGACAUUUAGUGGUUUCUUGUGAAGAAUGUGAAGUGAUCUUAGAAAGGUUGGAGCGUGUGCUCAACCUUAGGAUGGUGACUGCAGGAACUGAGUUACAUGACAUCAUGGAAGAUUGCCUGCAGCUCACUAAUGGAGAGACCUCUGUUGGAAGUCUUAGGGCGCGACGUAGACAACACAUAGAUUAG